UUGUUGUUUUUACCGCAUUCAUGAGAAAAAUGAAAAAUAUUCUUUGUAGCCGUUUUGCUACAAUAUUGGUCAAAUUUCAGAAUUUCUGGCCUGAGUAGUGAAGAUGAAAGUAAUUUCUCCGACACAAAUAGUAUUGCAGAUCCUGAAUUUGAACCUGACUAUGGCGACAAAUCUGAUGAAGAAACGUGCAAUGGGGCUAAAGAUAUGGUAGAGGAGAUAGACACAACAUAAAAUAUGGAAAUGCUAGAAAGUGAGCAAAUCAUCCAGGAGAAUGAAAGCUUGCCAUCUACCGAUCUUGGAGCAUCCGGUGGUUGUGCACAAAACACUUUACGAGUGUUUCAGUGGUUUACUGGAAAAGUCCAUGAAGCAUUUAUGAUUGGUUCAGUUGGCAAUGAUGAGACGGGAUCUCUACUAAAAUCUUUAAUGGAGGCAGAUGGUGUUAAAACAGAAUAUAUUCAGCAAGAUGUUCCAACCGGCGCAACAGUUUGUUUAGUUCAUGGCAGUCAAGCAUCCUUAGUGGCUAAUGUGGGUGCUGCUGAACACUUUAAGGUAGAACAAAUCAGACGUACAAAUAUAAGGUCUACUAUGUAUGAUGCAGAUUUAGCAUAUAUAGAGGGUUUUUUCUUAACGAAUCGAGAAGAAGCAGCUAGAUAUUUAUUGGAUUGUUGUAAUACGAUGAAACUUAUGGUUGCAUUUAAUAUUUGUGGAGUGUAUGUUUGUGAUAUGGUACCAGACACUUUACAAUAUUUUGUUGAAAAUUGCGAUAUAAUUUUCGGUAAUAAGGUGGAGUUUGAAGCUGUUGCAAAAUUAAUGAAAUUUAGCACUGUCAAAGAACUUAUUCAAAAAAUACUCAAAAACAAUAAAUACAAACUAGAAAAAGCGCAUGGCAACAUUGUUGUAAUAACCGAUGGAGCAAAUCCAGGACAAUGUCAUCAUGGAGAAGGACAAUAUUUUGAAUUCCAUGUUAUGGAUGUUGAAAAAGAUCAAUUUAAAGAUGCAAUAGGUGCAGGAGAUGCUUUUGUCGCAGGAUUCUUAGCUGGAUUACUGCAAAAGAAAUCACUUGACUGGUGUGCUACAUUAGGAUGCUAUACUGCUAAUGAAGUUAUUAGAGAAACAGGGUGUACUUUACCAAAAAGGCCUCCUGUCUUUGAUAUUGAUGAUGUUCAUUAAUAUUAUUACUGUGUUUAUGUUGGUGGUGGGUACUUCAGAGGAACAUAUUGUGAUCAAUUCCAUCUAAUCUUAGAAGAUACUCUAUAAAUUUGUUUAAUGCUGAUAUGUAUAAAAUUUGGAGGUUUUCUCCUCCAAUAAAUCUAUAUUUUACAGUU